UGACGGGGUCACGGGUGACAGGUUUGGUGAUGGGUUCGAGGUGACGGGGACAAGGGUUAUGGGUGACAGGGACACGGGUGACGGGAACACGGCAGAAGGGACACAGAGGAGGGCUUCCAAGUGACAGGGGCAAAGCAGCAGGGACACGGGUGAUGGGGUUCUGGGUGACAGGGACGAAGGGGCAGGGUCCUGGGUGAUGGGUUUGAGGUGACAGGGACGGAAGUUUCCGUGUGACAGGGGUUUGGGGUGACAGAGACAAGGCAGCAGGGAUGCAGGUGGCAGGAGUUACAGGUGACAGGGACAGGCAGCUGGGUCACAUGGGAUAGGGGACUUGGGUUAACAGGGACAUGGGUGAUGGGUUCAGGAUGACAGGGACAAGGCAGCAGGGACAUGGGUAACGGGUUUGGUGUGACAGGGAUGCAAGUGACAGGGCUUACAGGUGAUAGGGACAAGUCAGCAGGGACACAGGUGACAGGAGUUCUGGGGAUUUAGGGUGAUAGGGACACAGGGCAGUGGCUGCAGGUGAAGGGGGGGUUUUGGGUGACACACACAUGGUGGGGGCCUCGGUUGGGUGCAGGGGGGUCAAGGCACACGGGUGGCACUUUGGAGAGGGGGUUGUCACCCCAUCCCUCGCUGACACACUUUCCAGCAAGGAAUGACCAUAGCGCCCGUCGUGGCCAACCUGGGGCCGCUGGAGGCCUUGACACUGACCCCCAACCCCGACGAGGUGGAGGAGGUGUUCACCCUGCCCCUGGCUCACCUGCUGCGGGAGGAGAACCAGGGCUACACCCACUUCCGCACGGCCACCGGCUACGGGUACACCCUGCCCGUGUUCCUGAACGGCCCCCACAGGGUGUGGGGGCUCACGGCCAUCAUCACCGAGCUCACCCUGGAGCUGCUGCUGCCCGGCCGCUACCGCAGGAAGACCCACGUGCCACCCCGGAAACCCGUGGCCUGAGGGAGGAGGGGACAGGGGGUGGCUCUGGGGCACCGAAGCCACUGGUGAUGUUGCACACUGUGAUUCAGUAAAAGCCAUGUUUGGAACUGC